UGACCUUGAACAGCAUGCUAUUCUACAUCCCUUUUUUUGGGGGGGGGAGUAAGAAUCAUUUUGUAUAGCUUUAGACCCUGAUAUUCUUUCCCUGCAGGCUUGAUUGCAUUAGCAGUCUCUUUUUUUAUUGGUGCCCAUAGGGUUUCAGCCCCAGUGACCUGUCAUCUGUCCCCUCACCUGCUUACAUGCUGAUUCAUUGAUGAGCUGGCAUCACAGUCCCCGCCUCCCUGUGAAUGGUCGGUGAGGUUGCAAUUGCUCCUGGAGAGGGGCUGCUGAGCUGAACCACAGUGGGUUACUACAAGUGGGAGCCGGCAGCCAAUCUAUUGCCACAGAAGAACUUGGUGACCAUCCUGAGAAGCAACCCUUUUUCCCCACCCUGUUACUGUUCUAUCCGUAUCUGGCUUUUCUAGCUUUUUAAAGGAAUUUCUGAUUCAGACACUCCCAGCUAAUUCCACAGGAGUUGUAAGGCAGCCUGUGACAUAAACUGAGACAGAAGUUUCCCCUCAGAGAUUGUCUUUUUUUUUUUUCUUUCUUUUCUUUUCUUUUUUUUUUUUUUUUAUUGGCAAAGACUCCUGGCUCUCACCAGAGGAAUACCUUGUUGCUUAAGAUGAGUGGCUGUAGAAAGCGGUGUAAACGUGAAAUACUGAAAUUUGCCCAGUACCUUCUCAGACUAUUAACAGGUUCUCUUCAUACAGACAGCGUGGAAGAUGAACUGGAGAUGGCCACCGUCCGGCAUCGGCCUGAGGCUCUGGAGCUUCUGGAAGCCCAGAGCAAAUUUACCAAGAAGGAACUCCAGAUUCUUUACAGAGGAUUUAAGAAUGAAUGUCCCAGUGGUGUUGUUAAUGAAGAAACCUUCAAAGAGAUUUACUCACAGUUCUUUCCACAGGGAGACUCGACAACGUACGCGCACUUUCUGUUUAAUGCAUUUGAUACGGACCACAACGGAGCUGUGAGUUUUGAGGAUUUCAUCAAGGGUCUUUCCAUUUUGCUCCGGGGGACAGUUCAAGAAAAACUCAACUGGGCAUUUAAUUUGUAUGACAUAAAUAAAGAUGGCUACAUCACUAAAGAAGAAAUGCUGGAUAUAAUGAAAGCAAUAUACGAUAUGAUGGGUAAAUGCACAUAUCCUGUCCUCAAGGAAGAUGCUCCUAGACAACACGUCGAAACAUUUUUCCAGAAAAUGGACAAAAAUAAAGAUGGAGUUGUUACCAUAGAUGAGUUCAUUGAAAGUUGCCAAAAAGAUGAAAACAUAAUGCGCUCCAUGCAGCUCUUUGAAAAUGUGAUUUAACUUGUCAAAAGCAUCCUCGAUCAAACAGACAAAUGUGAAUUAUUCUACCACACUUAAAGUUGGAGCUACCACUCUUAGCAUAGAUUGCUCAGCUUUACACUGAGGCAUAUUAUGCAAACAAGCUUUGUUUUAAUAUAAAGCAAUUCCCAAAAGAUUUGAGUUUUCCAGUUACAAAUUUGCAUCCUUUUCAUAAUGCCACUGAGUUCAUGGGAUGUUCUAAGUCAUUUCAUACCCUGUGACUAUUCCAAAUAGAAUCUGGCAUAUAGUUUUAUUGAUUCUCUAGCCAUGGGAUUAUUGAGCUUUCACAUUAUCAGUGAUUUUAAAAUAUCAGUGGUUUUUGCUACUCAACCGGAUGUAUUCAGCCCCAGGAUUUUAAAUGGUUUUCUAAAAUAUUGGCAUCUGCAUUUAAUUUCCAGAAAUUAAUUUUCAUGUUUGUAUGCUGUAAUUCCAUUUAUACACUAAGUAAACAAGAUUACUAUAAUUAAAAAACAAACACACAGUCCCAGUUUCUAUGGAUUUGCUGCCUUCUGUUAAAGAUACUCAUUUAUCUGGCAUUUUUUAUAACAUGAAACAAAUUAGUUCAUCACCAGAUGUCAGCAUAUGCCUAAUAAAGCUUAUUUAAUAAGCAUUUCUUAAUUUUUCAUAGUACAUAUUAUAACCAAGGCCUACAUGAUGUAUAUAAUUUUGGAUUUGUCCAGUCCUCCAGGUUGACUGUUUUCUAUUGUGUCAUUAAGUGGAGGUCCCAGAAGGUGUGGAACAAAGCAAAUAUGUUCAUAGGCAUAUGCAAAGGGUCAAGAUAUCUGCCCUCUGGUAUAUGGUAAUACUUAAUGCCAAGUAAUUCCCAACAGCAUUGAAGGCCUAUGCCAUCCCCUUUCCCUUGACUCCUUCAAGGUACUUUUGUUUUA